UCUCUCUCUCUCUCUCGUAGCUAUAAACCAGCCGAGCUUCUCUAUCUUAUUUUACAAUACGCUUGAAACACAAAAAAGAUUUUAAAUCCAAAGAUCAACCCUCCCUCUCCCUCCCUCUCUCCACUCUGUUCCCAUUUUCCCUCUCUCUAUUUCAUUCCCUUGCUAUAUAUAUCUCUUCUCCUUUAUAUUUUACAACCAAAAAAAAUAUAUGUGCUUUGAGAGAGAUAGAGAGAGCCUGACUUAGAAAGAGAGAGGGAGUUGUUGAUGGUUGAUUCUUCUUCUUCAACUAGUAAAAUAACAACCAUGACCACCUCUACUUCUCCUUGUCUUAGUGGGAAUGAAAAGAAGCACUGGUGGCUUAGCAACCGAAAGAUUGUGGACAAGUACAUUAAGGAUGCAAGAAACCUGAUUGCAAGCCAAGAAAAGAGCGAGAUUGCGUCCGCUCUUAACCUUCUAGACGCGGCACUUGCACUAUCUCCUCGCUUUGAAGUGGCUCUAGAGCUCAAAGCAAGAUCUUUGCUUUAUCUUAGGCGAUUCAAGGACGUGGCUGAUAUGCUUCAGGACUACAUUCCUAGCCUUAAAAUGGCAAACGACGAUUCGGGCUCAAUUUCUGCUUCUGAUAGCUCUUCCCAACAGCUUUCAAGAGAGCGAGUUAACUUGUUGCCUUCUGAGAAAACUGAUCCAAGUUUCAAGUGUUUUUCUGUUUCCGACCUGAAGAAGAAAGUGAUGGCCGGACUCUGUAAAAACUGCGAUAAAGAAGGGCAAUGGAGGUACUUGGUUUUAGGUCAAGCUUGUUGCCAUCUAGGUCUAAUGGAGGAUGCCAUGGUGCUUCUCCAGACCGGAAAACGCCUGACAACUGCUGCAUUCCGCCGUGAAAGCAUUUCUUGGUCAGAGGACAGCUUCUCUUUCUCCAACUUUCCAGUCUCUAGUGAUAUAUCCACAUCGACAGCCCCACCGACCCCACCGAGAAAUUUAACCGAAUCCGAAAGCAUCCCACAACUCCUUGCCCACAUCAAGCUCCUUCUUCGCCGCCGCACAGCCGCUUUGGCAGCCCUGCACGCUGGCCUUUUCUCUGAGGCCAUCCGCCACUUCACCAAGAUCGUGGAAGGCCGACGUGGGGCUCCACAGGGAUUCCUUGCUGAAUGCUAUAUGCAUAGAGCUUUUGCAUAUAAAGCAUCAGGAAGAAUUGCAGAGUCCAUUGCUGAUUGCAACAAGACUUUAGCUUUAGACCCCACCUGCAUUCAGGCACUUGAUACAAGAGCUUCUCUUCUAGAAACAAUACGCUGCUUGCCUGAUUGUUUACAUGAUCUGGAGCACUUGAAACUAUUGUAUAAUUCAAUCCUGCGGGACAGGAAGCUACCAGGUCCUGCUUGGAAGCGGCAUAAUGUUGGGUACAGGGAGAUUCCAGGUAAACUUUGUGCAUUGUCUACCAAGAUUCAAGAAUUGAAGCAGAGAGUUGCUUCUGGGGAGACUGGAAAUGUUGAUUAUUAUGCUUUGAUUGGAUUGAGGCGUGGGUGUUCGAGAUCCGAAUUAGAGAGAGCUCAUUUAUUAUUGAGUUUGAGGCACAAGCCUGACAAAUCUAUAAAUUUUAUUGAGAGGUGCGAGUUUGCAGAUGAUAGGGAUCUUGAUUCAGUAAAAGACCGUGCAAAAAUGUCUGCCUUGUUGCUCUAUAGAUUGCUUCAAAAGGGUUAUUCUAACGUGAUGUCAACAAUCAUGGAUGAAGAGGUUGGAGAGAAGCAAAGAAAGAAAGCUGCAGCUGCUUUGCAAGCAGCUCAAGCAGCAGCAAUUCAAGCACAACAAACAACACAAAAUGCCAAAAUGCAAUCGAACCCAUCUGCUGUGGAGAUUUCUGGUUCUGAUAGGAUCAAUUGGAAUGACAAUAAAGUGUCAUCUGCAUCUGCAGGGAGCACCGCUGCACCUGUCUUUCAAGGGGUGUUUUGCCGCGACCUUGCUGCAGUCGGGAAUUUGCUAUCACAAGGUGGGUUUAGCCGUCCAAUCCCAAUGAAAUUCGAGGCAUUGAGCUGCUAAAUAAUUGGUUGCUAUAAACAAGUUUCUUGAGAUGUUACCGGUAGUGGAAAUCUCUGGUUCGUUUUGUACAAACAGACAUAAAUUUAGGCAGCCGGAAAAUUUUGUCCCCCUUGUGUUCUUUCUUAAUUGCGCUUCUACUACUACUACUUGUACAGAAUUUCCAGUACCGAAUUUUCUAUUUAUGGAUCUAUAUGCUUUACUGCUUAGGUUAA